AUGUCUAAGUCAGAGUCUGCUAAGGAGCCUGAACAGCUGCGGAAGCUCUUCAUCAGAGGACUGAGCUUUGAAACAACAGAUGAGAGUCUGAGAAGCCAUUUUGAGCAAUUGGGAACGCUCAUGGACUGUGUGGUAAUGAGAGAUCCAAACACCAAGCACUCCAGGGGCUUUGGGUUUGUCACUUACACCACUGCAGAAGAGGUGGAUGCAGCCAUGAACGCAAGGCCACACAAGGCAGAUGGAAGAGCUGUGGAACCAAAGAGAGCUGUCUCAAGAGAAGAUUCUCAAAGACCUGGUGCCCACUUAACUGUGAAGAAGAUCUUCGUUGGUGGCAUUAAAGAAGAUACUGAAAAACAUCACCUACAAGAUUAUUUUGAACAGUAUGGAAAAACUGAAGUGAUUGAAAUCAUGACUGAUAGAGGCAGUGGGAAGAAGAGGGGAUUUGCUUUUGUAACCUUUGAUGACCAUGAUUCUGUGGAUAAGAUUGUCAUUCAGAAAUACCAUACUGUGAAAGGCCACAACUGUGAAGUGAGGAAAGCCCUGUCGAAACAGGAGACAGCUAGUGCUUCAUCUAGCCAAAGAGGUCAAAGUGGUUCUGGAAAUUUUGUUGGUGGCCUUGGAGGUGGUUUUGGUGGCAAUGACAAUUUCGGUCGGGGAGGAAACUUCAGUGGUCGAGGUGGCUUUAGCGGCAGCCGUGGUGGAGAUGGAUAUGGUCACAGUGGGGAAGGCUGCAAUGGAUUUGGUAGUGAUGGAAGCAGUUUUGGAGGUGGUGGAGGGUACAAUGAUUUUGGCAAUUACAACAAUCAGUCUUCAAAUUUUGGACCCAUGAAGGGAGGAAACUUUGGCGGCAGAAGCUCUGGGCCCUAUGGUGGUGGAGGCCAAUACUUUGCCAAACCACGAAAUCAAGGCUCAAUGGUCAAACCUGAAGGAACUCACCACCUACCUUCUCUGUUAACAGACCCAAAACUCUCAGGUACAAAAUACUCAGCCAAACAGCUGACUGAGUUUUAG